AGCUCCGGCAAACAAGUACUUAUAGGGACACCACCUCCAACCAAAAUGCUUUUUCUCUACACAACUCUGUGAACCAUUGAAGAUAGAGCCAUAUACCAACUUACCAUACCAGAUUAUACCAAUUUCGUAGUACCCCUCCUUUUUUUUUUUUUUUUUCCUUUCAAAUCCAAACACAGCUCAAAACAAAGAGCAAAAAAACAAAGGGAGUAAUAGGCAAAAAAAUAUAAUUAGAAAAAUCCCCCCUUUGCUUUGGAGACUGCAAGCUUUGCUCGCAACUCUCAAAGCUGUAUUCUUUCUGUAAUCUCUAUUCUCUAAUGCCAAAAAAUAUUGCUCCUUUCUGCAAAAUCCCCACAACCCCAUAAACCAAAACACAUGCUUCCCUUCUUAUUCUUACAUAACUUUGCUUAUAUUUACCAACCCCACUUCCUCAUUUCUACUAAAGUUUCUUCUAUUUCUCAACUUCUUUAACCUUCCUUGUAUGUUUUCUUGAUUUGGGUAUUUCAAGAACUUAGUAAAGAUGAUAACUUUAGCUGAUUUCUACCAUGUUAUGACUGCUGUUGUGCCACUUUAUGUGGCCAUGAUACUAGCUUAUGGUUCUGUUAAAUGGUGGAAAAUUUUCUCACCAGACCAGUGUUCUGGAAUUAACAGAUUUGUUGCACUUUUUGCUGUUCCUCUUUUGUCCUUCCAUUUUAUUGCUGCUAAUAAUCCAUACAAAAUGAACUUAAGGUUCAUUGCUGCUGACACUUUGCAGAAACUCAUUGUUCUUGGGGCUCUUGCUGUUUGGGCUAAUUUAAGCAAAAGGGGUAGUUUAGAAUGGAGUAUAACACUCUUUUCAUUAUCAACUCUUCCAAAUACUUUAGUUAUGGGCAUUCCUUUGUUAAAAGGAAUGUAUGGUGAAUUUUCUGGGAGUUUGAUGGUGCAAAUAGUUGUACUUCAGUGUAUUAUUUGGUACACUUUGAUGCUUUUUAUGUUUGAGUUUAGAGGUGCAAGGAUGUUAAUUUCUGAGCAGUUUCCAGAUACUGCUGGAUCAAUUGUCUCUAUCCAUGUUGAUUCUGAUGUCAUGUCAUUAGAUGGAAGACAAGUUUUGGAAACUGAAGCAGAAUUAAAAGAAGAUGGGAAACUUCAUGUUACUGUUAGAAAAUCAAAUGCUUCAAGGUCUGAUAUAUAUUCAAGAAGGUCACAAGGUUUUUCUUCUACUACUCCAAGGCCAUCAAAUUUGACUAAUGCAGAGAUUUACUCUUUGCAAUCUUCAAGAAAUCCAACCCCAAGAGGGUCUAGUUUUAACCAUACUGAUUUUUACUCAAUGGUGGCUGGUGGUACUGCGGGGAGGAACUCAAACUUUGGUGCGAAUGAUGUUUAUGGCAUGUCUAAUAAUUCAAGAGGGCCAACUCCAAGACCUUCAAAUUAUGAAGAAGAUCAAAGUGGGAAAUCAAGAUUCAAUAAUUACCAUGGAGCAGCACAAAGUAAUUAUCCAGCUCCAAAUCCUGGCAUGUUUUCACCUUCUAGUAAUGCCAACAAAAGCACUACUAAGAAAGCUAACAAGGGAGAGGAAGGUGGCAAAGAUCUUCAUAUGUUUGUUUGGAGUUCAAGUGCCUCUCCUGUUUCUGAUGUUUUUGGUGGAGGCCAUGAUUAUGCUGCUAAUUUAGACCAGCCUGCACCUAAGGAUGUUAGGGUACCUAUCUCUCCUGGAAAAGUUGAGGGGCAAAUAGAGAGGGAUGAUUUCAGCUUUGCAAAUAGAGAUGGAGCUGAUCCAAUGAACAAUCAAGAAGGUGAAAAAUGUGGAGAAAACAAAGCAAAGGUUAUGCCACCAACAAGUGUAAUGACUAGGCUCAUACUGAUCAUGGUUUGGAGGAAACUUAUUAGGAACCCAAACACUUAUUCAAGCUUGUUUGGCCUCACUUGGUCUCUAGUUUCAUUCAGGUGGAAUUUGAAGAUGCCUGCUAUAAUUGCACAGUCCAUAUCUAUACUGUCAGAUGCAGGACUUGGCAUGGCAAUGUUCAGUCUUGGUCUGUUCAUGGCUUUGCAACCAAGGAUCAUAGCAUGUGGGAAUUCUGUAGCAGCUUUUGCUGCGGCUGUGAGAUUCCUUACAGGUCCAGCUGUUAUGGCAGCUGCUUCCAUUGCUGUUGGUCUCCGGGGAACUCUCUUACACGUGGCAAUUGUACAGGCAGCUCUACCCCAAGGAAUUGUCCCCUUUGUCUUCGCCAAGGAAUACAACGUUCAUCCUGACAUUCUUAGCACAGCUGUCAUUUUUGGGAUGUUGAUUGCCUUGCCGAUUACACUGGUGUACUACAUUUUAAUGGGACUUUGAAGAGCGGCUUAAUUAAUAUUAGUGCAGCCGUUGGCAUGGAGAAAAAAAAGCUUACAGCUUUUGUGUAAUGAAAAGAGUUGUAACAACGUGAUGACGAAAAAUCAAGCAGAGGGAAGAGAGAGAAAAAAAAAAGGUUCUGUGCUUAGUUCAAACGUAAUUAACUCCUCCUCAUUCAAAUGUCUUAGUGGAUUGUCUUUGGUACGUAGUACAAGUUGUAAAAUCAUGUUUAAUCUGUAGUCUAUUGGUUAGCAGGAAAAAAGAAAUUUAAUUCCUAGUUGUUUAUGAAAUUUGUUAGCUACUACUGUUAUUUUAUGACUUCCUACUCGUAAAAAGAAUUUGCUUUCUUUUUUUUUCU